UUGAGGGUUUCUAUUGUUCUAACUCGCUUAAAAGACAACCAUUUAACUUUGCGUGUGUCGUUAAUACGUUCGUGGAAUUUUGCAAACAUAUUUUGCGUCAACUUAAUCGACACUCCGUUGUAAAAUGGAAAGUAAAGGAGAUAGUGGGGGUACUGUAGUGGAAGCUGUAAAAGACAGUAUUGUUUCGGUGAAAAAGAUAGGAAAAAGCAAAGCAAAGAUGCAACGCCCAAAAGUAUCUCAUCCGCCAACAUCAGAAAUGGUUAAAGCGGCUAUAAAACAACUUAAGGAUCGUAAAGGAUCAUCUCUCCAAGCCAUUAAGAAGUACAUUUCUGCUGCUUAUAAAAUUGACGGUGGAAAAAUGUCCCCGUUCAUUAAACGCUACUUGAAAGCAGCUUUAACAUCUGGCGCUGUUUUGCAAUCGAAAGGCAAAGGCGCUUCUGGAUCAUUUAAACUUCCCAUAAAUGGAUCUGAAAGUAAGAGCGAGAACAGAGCUAUAAAGUCUGUCGCUCGACAAUCGACUUCGAAAAUAGCAACUUCUCCGAAGAAAGUCUCUGUCGGAGCGAAAAAGCCAGCAGCUUUGAAGAAAAAUGUUACAUCUGUUUCUGCUAUCAAAAUGAAAACUAAAACCAAACAAAUUUCCAAAAUUAGAAAACCUGCGAAAGCGUUAGUCGUUAAAACUAGAACGCCAAAGCCGAAGAAAACGAUUUCAACCAGAGCAAGAAAGAUCCCAGCAAAGUAAUUUCUUCGUUCGAGCGGAUAAUUCAAAACGGCCCUUUUCA